AUGCAGAGAUAUGAGCUUAAGAGGAUACACGAUAUUAUGCUAUGCAUAAGUAUAAAUGAAUUUGGAACUCGUUGUAAAGGUUGUAAUCAACCAAUCCAACCAAAUGAAUCCGUACUACGCUUGUAUACCUACAAAAGUUUAAAGUCAUUAUCAGAGCACCAUGAUUUUGGGAAGAAAAUAAUUCCAUCUGAACAAAAAUCCAUAGCAACUUCACUUUCAGCUGUUGGAUAUGAAUUCAAUCUGUUAAAUGAAGAAAAUGAAUCUAUGAAGGAUUCAUUUAAUCUCUCCAUUCUAAUUCACUACUUUCAUGUAUACUGUUUUAAAUGUUGUGAUUGUAAUCGUUUACUUACUCCUGGGAAGAGUAUACCAUUAGAAAUUGUAUGCCAUUAUGUAUGAUGGAUUAUGAG